UACGAGUUGCAUGUCGCGGCUAUAUUUUAUCGCAACGGACUGACGCGUUGAGAAACGGCCGGGCCUCUGUGUUAUUUUACAUGACGUUACGUUCGUUUGUGAAAUGGCCACUACUAACAAACACUUCAAGCUGCUCGUAUGCGCGGCCGGCAUAUUCGUAUUUUAUUUUUAUUUCGGGAUACUGCAGGAAAAGAUCACACGCGGACAGUAUGGUGAUGGGGAGAACCGCGAGAAAUUCACGUAUAUGUUUGCUCUGGUCUUCGUUCAGUGCCUGGUGAAUUAUAUAUUCGCCAAGACUAUCCUGUUGACAGUGAUGAAGCAGGGCGAGGAUACCACGUCGACUCUGUACUACGCGCUGUCCGCCUUGACGUAUUUCCUCGCUAUGGUGUGCAGUAAUAUGGCGUUGCAAUUUGUCAGUUAUCCGACGCAGGUGAUCGGUAAAGCCGGCAAGCCUAUUCCUGUCAUGAUACUUGGAGUGUUGCUUGGAAAAAGGGUGUAUCCAGUUAGGAAGUACAUAUUCAUUCUUUUGAUUGUCAUUGGAGUUGCGUUAUUUAUGUACAAGGAUGGCAAUGUCUCUAGCCAGAAGCAGUCCGAUACACGAUUAUCGAUGGGAGAAUUGUUGUUAUUGCUGUCGUUAACGAUGGAUGGAUUGACGAGUGCGGUACAGGAACGAAUGAGGGCAGAACAUAACUCGAAAUCGGGUCAUAUGAUGCUCAACAUGAAUAUCUGGUCUGUUGUAUUUAGCGGUACAGUGAUCCUUAUUUCCGGAGAGCUUGUCGAAUUUGUUGCUUUCUUGCAACGAUAUCCUUCCACUGUAUGGCAUAUAGCAACGUUUUCCAUAGCCGGAGCGUUCGGACAAUAUUUCAUAUUUUUGACAGUAGCUGAGUUCGGUCCAUUGCCAUGUUCGAUUAUAACCACUACUAGGAAGUUUUUCACCGUUUUAGGCUCUAUAUUAAUUUUUGGCAAUAAUCUCUUGCCUAGACAGUGGCUAAGUACCUUUGUAGUAUUUUCAGGUUUAUUUUUAGAUGCCAUGUAUGGUAAAGAUAAAACUAAAAAAGAUAUUGUUAAAUAGGAUGUGAUAAUUUUUUUUCUUUCAAUAUUUCUUUACAAUAAUAGUCCUUUAAAGGGUACUAAAGGACGAUAGUUUUUUAAGGAAUGUAUACUUCCAGCGUUUAAGUUAUUGUUGUACUGCUAAAAGCGUUUGUAAUAUACUAGAAACAUGUUAGGAUUUCUAAUCUUGGAUAUAUAUGAAGGAAAAAACAAUAGCGUUAAAUUGUUUUUAUCUACUUGUGUCUUUACAAGCGACAAGAAACGAUUCUGUAAGAAUCCUUGGAUGAAAGAGAAUUUUUUAAGGAUAAUUUUCACUACAAUUACACAAAGCUGGUUCAAUGUCAAAAGCAUUGAAAAACAGAUAUGUAUAUUAUAUGCAAAAAUAUGUACAAGUAUAAUAUUUUUUAUCGGUUUUAAUAGUCCUUUUUUCGAAUCAAGAAGCAAAUUUAAUAUUGAACUGAGAAUUUUUAUGUUUUCACUAUUUAAUAGGCUUGUAUCUACUGGAAGGGCUUCCUUUUUUUUAAUAGAUAAUAAUAAUUCCUUAAUGCAGACAUUGAAUUAUGACGUUAGAAGCAAAAAUCAUGAAUGAAUGAUACAAUGCGAAGAAAAGCCCUUGCAUUGUAUUAUUGGAAAACGUGAUUAAUAAUGUGUGAAAAAUAACUUGUUUCAACUUGUUUUAGUGAAGGAAAAGAAUUUUCUACUUUCUCACUUUUGAUCUCAUAAUUCAAUAAAACUAUAAUACAAUGAGGGAUCAGGGAUCCCUUAAAAUCAGGGUCUAACAAGAUGGAAAGAAUAGGUGAAUCUUCUGUAUGCUGUGGAUUUAUUUCAGAAUGUAUUCUACGGUGUGUGCUCUGUGUGUGUGUGUAUAUAUAUAUAUAAUGUAACUUGCUAAAACAACCAACUUGUACAUAACAAAGAAAUAUAAUGCACAAAGAGAUGUGACAAUCCUAUUAUUAUUAUUAGAAAAAUAUAAUUAUGCAUGUUUAA